AUGCCCAGUGAGUUUGCAUUAGUUGCGGCAGACGAUUUUGUUAUUCCGUUUCAGAGAUUCUCGAGCUUCAGUCGCCUGGUGAGGACCACAGCCUGGGUCCUACGGUUUGCGCGCUGGUGCCGCAAACAGCGAAACGUGCUCGAGGAAUACGGCCUUACUGCAGCAGAAUGUAAGGCCGCGGAGAACCUGUUGGUCAGACAGGCACAAUUGGAGUCGUUCCCCGACGAGAUGAGGUCGGCGGAAACUGGACAGGACGUCGGUAGAUCGAGCGACAUUCGAGGGUUGGUGCCCUACCUAGACGAGGACGGGAUUCUGCGAGCUUACGGCAGAAUUGAUGCCGCACUGUGCAUGCCGUACAGUGCGAGGAGGCCCGUAUUACUGUCACACAGGCACAGUCUGACAGAGCUGAUUGUGAGAGACUUCCACGCCAGGAUGAAGCAUCAAAAUGUGGAUGCUACGAUGGCGGAGAUCCGGACAAAGUUCUGGGUCACAAAGAUGAGGAGUGUGAUGCGGAGAGUCAUCUCAUCGUGCAACGAGUGCAAGUUGCAGCGAGCGCGGCCGAUGCCGCCGAUAAUGGGACCCCAUCCGGAAGACAGACUGGAUGCGGGUGGAUGGCCAUUCAAAUACACAGGACUGGACUACUUUGGGCCACUGCUGGUGACUGUGUCCCGUCACAAGGAGAAGCGUUGGGUCGCCUUGUUUACGUGUUUGACGACAAGGGCGAUUCACCUGGAGCUGGCGCAUGACCUGUCGACGGAUUCCUGCAUAAUUGCGAUCAGGAACUUCGUCUGCCGUAGAGGGCCAGUAUAUAGACUGCGCAGCGAUAACGGCAAGAACUUCGUGGGAGCUGACAGGGAAGCCAGGCGCUUUGGUGACGUAUUCGAGAUGGAGAAGCUUCAGAGUGAGUUGUCAAGCAGAAGCAUUGAAUGGGUUUUUAAUUGUCCAGCGAACCCGUCUGAGGGCGGAGUUUGGGAGCGCAUGGUGCAGUGCGUCAAGAGAGUACUGCGUCAUACCCUGAAGGAAGUUGCGCCGAGGGACCAUGUAUUGGAGAGUUUCCUGAUUGAGGCGGAGAAUAUUGUAAACUCGCGUCCGCUCACCCACUUGCCUGUGGAUGCGGACCAGGAGGCGCCGUUGACGCCAAACGAUCUACUCAAGGGAGUAGCCAAUCUGCCGGAUACGCCUGGAUUGGAUGCGGAGCUGCCCAAGGAGGGUUCUACGAGGAAGCAGUGGAGGAUUGCUCGCCUGCUACGAGACCGUUUCUGGAGAAGGUGGGUCAUGGAGUACCUGCCUACGCUUGUGCGCCGCGAGAAGUGGUGCCGCCGAACGGAGCCCAUCCACCAGGGUGAUAUGGUCUUCGUCUGCGAUCCUGUGUAG